GUGUCCGCCCCACCCUGCAGGCUCCCCGUCAGCCAGCAGUGAUACACCUGAGGACAGGCCAGGCUGCAGGUGAUGCAGAGAGUCUGCCGGAGGAGCCUCUGUGGAAUAACAUGUCUAGGACGCUCCCAGUGCAGAUGCAGCUGACGUUCAGCGACGUGGCCGUGUAUUUCUCCGAGGAAGAAUGGAGGAACCUGGGCCGGCGGCAGCAGGAGUUGUACAAAGAGGUCAUGAACGACAACUACGUCAAUCUCCGCUCUCUGGGACUUGACAUCUCGAAACCGGACCUAUUUCAUGAGAUUGAACAGUGGGAGAAACCGCCCUUCGGUGACACCAAAGUCCAUGAGGCCCCCAAUUCUCUCCUGCAGAAAGGAGCUCUGAGCCCCCGGCCAGACAUAUUGCAGGACAUAGAACGUUUGGAUAAGCUGUCUAUGAGAGACACCAGGGAAUAUUUAUUGGCUAGAGGAGCAUUCCCUUGUCUAAGCCACUUAGAGAUGAAACCCGAGACGCAGGGCAGGAAAGAAGACGGGCAGGGCAGGAAAGAAGACGGGCAGAGGAGGAAAGAUGGGCAGAGCCGGAAAGAAGACGGCGAAACACUUAUUCGCAAGACACCCAUUGGACCUCUGCAGCCCAAAUGUAUUUUGUGCAACGGCAUUUAUAAUUGCUAUUGCAAUACGUCAAAAAGGAAUGGCAAAAAAAGCUUCCGCUGCAUCGACUGUGGGAAAGGCUACACCAUAGAGUCUCGCCUCCUUCUGCACCAAAAGUCCCACCUGCGAGAAGGACCCUACAAGUGCUCGUUGUGUGGGAAGCAUUUCCGGAAAUCUGGGUUUCUGACUAAGCACCAGAGAACCCACCAAAUCAACGAGUACCAAUGCGGGAAGUGCCAGGUCACCUUCUACAACAGGAAGGAGUUCCAGGAACACAAGCAGACGCACAAGACACAGAGGCAAUGCAAGUGCUCCAAAUGUGACGAGAUUUUUCCCAGCCUUCAGGAACUGUCUGCACACCGCAAAGUGCACAAGAAGGGCCAGGAAUGUUCUAUAUGCAGUAAGAUCUUCAGCAAUAGGGUGGACUUUUUAAACCACCAGCAAGAGCACAAGUAUGAUACGGUCUAUAAGUGUAAGAAGUGCGCAAAGGUGUACAAGAGACCCACCUGUCUGCUUAAACACUUGGAGACCCACUCAGUACAGAGACAAAGCAGCAACACGCUACUUGACUGGGAGACCAAGGUUAGCCUUUGCGCAGAUGUAAAGUGUCCGUCUGUCCAGGCCAAGUGUGUGCAGAAACCUCCUGAAGACGCCAAAGUGAUGGGUGGCCUAACACCAAGUAGAAACGCAGGAGAGCCACCCAACUGCAAUCCCCCAAACACUCUGCUCAAAACCAGCACGCCGACGGAUGCAGUGCUUCGGAAUCUGCGUCCUCCAGAACCUCACAUUAACAACACUGAACCUAAGAAAGUCUUCUGGUGUAAGAAGUGCAGAAUCUGUUUCAGGCAUCGGAAAUCACUCACGAGGCACCGGAAAGCCCACCUCACCAUCUUCAAGUGUCACGAGUGCGGCCAGAUAUUUGAUAAACUGCUUACACUCUUUAUCCACCGGUUUCAGCAUGAAACGAAUAGGCCGUACCAUUGCAAGUACUGCAAAAAAGGCUUUAGCCUCCAAUCAUUGCUUCGUCUGCACCAUUAUACACACGAAGCCUGUAUGCCAAGUCCUGGCGGACCUCCGUCCUCCAGAGAUCAGCGCCAGACCCCUGAUACAGACGCUUCUACGGCUCCGGAACGUUACUCCUGUUUAUAUUGCAAGAAGGAAUUCCUAACACUUUCUGGUCUCCUCUUACAUCAGAAAUCCCAUUUAUGGAAAAUCACCGACAGCCCAGUCAUCCGAUAUCAACAGAUACCUGACCUCAGAACCUCUCCAGUUUCUUUUGAUACGUUUCUAUGGAAAAGGCCACUUCAAGAAUUGGUGGCCUGCAAGGACUAUGUGAAACGCGUUUGCUACAGGCCUUCUGAGCUAGGGCACACCAUGUAGCAGCCAUGUGGUGUAUACAACAAAUGGUAUCUGCUGAAUUAAAUCCUCCCAACACAAACUA